AUGGAUAUUGAAGAAUAUGUUAAGAAUUUGGUAAAUAAAGAAAUUGAACAAAAAAUUGAACAACUUAAAGAAGAAAUUCGUUCUGGCAAAUUAUUUACUUUACAACCUCCAACAUCGAAUACUACUUCAAAUGAGAAUACUUCGACUGAUGUUUCUGAGCCAAAACAAAAUAAUUUUAAUGAGGGUCGUCCAUCGAGUACUGUAAAGCGUUAUAUUCCUCCAAGUAUGCGUCAACGUACUCGUGAAAUUGUUGAUUUGCAAUUGGAGAAAGACAAACUUCGUUAUAGCAAUAAGACAGGAUAUAGCAAUAAAGACAGGAUUCCUUCUUUAAAUGAAUGUUUUUCUCAUUUAAAUAUUUGUGCAAUUAAUCCAAAAGCCGGCAAAUGGAAUACUUCUAAUUCAGUCAAAACAACGGCAAAACCUUUACUUACUUCAAUUAUUCAAUAUAAUUUGGAUAUUUUUAAAAAUGUUGAAGAUAAACGGUCUGUUGAGGAAUGGUUUAAUUAUGCUGAGAAAAAGUGUGAAAAUGGAGAAUUUAGUUUAAAUCCGCUUAUUAGUGUGAGAGAGACUUCGCGUGUUUCCAAGUCUGAGGUUAAUCUUUCCAACCGUUUCAAAUUUUGAUUUUGACAAGAAAGGAGGUUAAGGAUAAGAAAGAGGUUUUUAGGAGUUAUUCU